UAAGCAGAUUCGACCAUUAAUCUUUAACCCAUUUCAUCGUUAGAACCAAGGGCGAAACCGGGUGGACAAUCUUGUUUCAAGCACAUAAAUUUGUGCACUCCACCGGGAGUGGACUGGAACUCCAGUCUAUUACAAAAGAAGUAACCAAAUUAGUAACGACAGUACUGCUGAUGUCGCAUCUACUACCACAACUCCGAACCAGAGAAGGAAGAGGAUUCUAGUUAGUGGUGGUAACUAACUGGUAAAGCAGCAGUAAGCAUCUGACGUACUCAUAUUGGCAGGCAGUGCAGGAAGGAAUAGACAGGGGAAUCACGAGAAGAAGUGGAUUGAAGUCCUUGCAAGAAACAAUAAUGUGAGAUGCCAGCAGAUGGAAAAUAAAGGAGCAAAGCUAUGGCAUAUUGGCAUCCAUCCAUAUACUGUGUUUUUCUCCUUUCCUCUGUGUGUCUGUGUCAGAAAUGUCGAAUCUUAUGAUUCACUUGUCAAACUCAAUUCUUUCCCCCAGUCCCACCCACACAUUUCUCGCCUCCUGUCUUGGGCCUUGGCUUCUUCCCUUCUUCUCUUUAGUCUUUUCUCCCUUCCAUAAAAGGGCAGAUACCACUUUAGCCAACAGUCCAGAGAAUGCAGGAAAGUUACUCCGAGUGAGACCUUACUUCAAUCUGUGUUCUCGCACUCUCUACAGAACCGAAGAAGAAGAAGACUUUUAUCCAACAAUGUCGAGCACUGGUCCUACUCCUCCCGGCGAUCUCCGCAGUAUUCAGAAGCAUGUACUGAAGGUGAACAUUGACUGUGAAGGCUGCCAGAAGAAAGUCAAGAAAAUGCUCAAGAAGAUUGAUGGUGUGUACUCCGUAGAGAUAGAUGCAGAAACCCAGGUGGUGACCGUGUCAGGGAUUGUGGAUUCUGCCACUCUGAUCAAGAAGUUGAGCAAAGUGGGGAAGUUUGCAGAGCUUUGCUCUUCAGGGGAUCCGUCCAACAAUAGCAGCCGAAGUCAACUUCAAGCUCCUGCCCUUCAAGGGCAACAUAGCGGUCCUUUCCACAACGGCAGCCACAACACUGGGACUGGUUCUGCUAGCACGACAAACCCUGGGAAUUCGAAUGCUGUGGCCAUGGCGGGAGGCUUGGACAACAAUGGAGCUUCAUUAAUAAGGCCUCAUACAGCAGGGUUUCAUGGCACCGGUCACACUUCUUCCAGGUUUGCUGGCAUGCCACCAAGUUAUGAGCUGAAUCGCCAGCCAGCGAUGGCAAUUGUCAACAACCAGCAAGACUCGUACCACAACUUCCCGUCUGCAGACAUGAACAGCAACAACUAUUUUGGGAAUAGUGAUAUGAGGUUCCCUGCUCAUCAACCUCUGAUGAUGAGUCAUGCACUUUCGUCACAGCCUACUAUCGUUCCUAUGACCAAUUUUGAUUAUGGCCAUCAUGAGGCAGCGCAGCAGCUUUACCAUUACAUAGGAUAUCAAUAGGCUGAAUCAGCUCGUAGAUGUUAGUAAAUUCGAGUGUUCUUAGUUUACUUUCGGUAGUCCAAUCCUACUUAUCUUCUCAAUUAUAUGAUAGAUUGUAACAGAGAGUUGAAAGAGAGACAAGCUUUUUCUUAUAUAUUCGCCUUCCAACAUUGUCUAUGCUAUUGCUUGGUUCCCAGUAGCAGCUGCUGCAAGAGCUAGCACAAAGACUUUUCUCGCCUAAAACUAAAAUCUUAGCAAGUAU